UGCUGCUGUUGGAUGUGGAGUUUUCUACACCGUGUUCUUCUUCUUUUCCUCCGGGACUGUUCGGACUUUCUACUCGCUUUCCGAAAAUGCCGCACCAAUGAGUGCCCAUCAGCCUUUAGAUAAGUGAGGCACAACAAAGGAACCUGAGCAUCAAGAGUCCACAGUAAACAGUGGAAUAUUGGCAGUAACUCCAGAGGGACUUUGGAGACGCACAUUUUUUUCCAUUAUGAACCGCGCCUUCAACAGGAAAAAAGAUAAAUCAUGGAUGCACACCCCGGAGGCACUGGCCAAGCAUUACAUAGCCUACAAUGCUAAGCUCCUUGGAAACACAGAGGUUGAGGCCCCAAAAGGCACAGAAGUCGUAAAGGAUGCAGUCAGAAAGUUAAAGUUUCAGAGGCAUAUCAAGAAGUCAGAGGGACAGAAGACUCCCAAAGUGGAAUUGCAGAUCUCCAUUUAUGGUGUGAAAAUACUAGAUCCCAAGUCAAAAGAUGUGCAGCAUAACUGUCAGUUACACAGGAUAUCCUUCUGUGCGGAUGACAAAACCGACAAAAGGAUAUUUACGUUCAUCUGCAAAGACUCGGAGUCCAACAAACACCUGUGCUACGUGUUUGACAGUGAAAAGUGUGCAGAGGAGAUAACUCUCACCAUUGGUCAGGCAUUCGACUUGGCCUACAAGAAGUUCCUCGAGUCUGGCGGCAAAGACGUGGAAACCAGGAAACAGAUCGGGAGUCUUCAGAAAAGAAUUCAAGAACUGGAAACGGAAAACUCUGAGCUAAAGAAACAGCUUCAGGAUCUGGAAGAGCAGCUGAUGAUUGCUCACGUGCCACCGCCGCUGCACAUUAACACAGACGAUGAAAUGUACAUGCUCCAGACGCCCUCGUCUCUCUACUGGUGUCACAACAUCACGUCACUAUCCUGUCUGGAAAUCUCCUCUGUCACGCUCACUCCUAUGAGCUCGCCGGAUUCCAACCUGUCCGCCGGGCUACUAACACCUCCGCCUGCCAAACCUACUCUCCUUCCUGCUAAGCUUACCGAGGGAUGCAGCAUCCCACGGCCUCGCGCAGGGAGCAUCUCCAUGAAACCACAGUCCACAGACGCUUUCGACAUGGUUCCCUUCUCCCCUGUGACACCGUUGAUGCCCGCUGUGGCCAGUAAUGGCUGCCCACCACCGCCGCCAACCACAUUGCCACCAGAUAUAAGGAAGGACUUGUUUGGUGCCGAGCCUUUUGAUCCAUUCACCUGUGGGGCAGCCGACUUCCCUCCAGAUAUUCAGUCAAAGCUGGAUGAGAUGCAGCGUCAGAGAUGGAGGGGUUCAAAAUGGGAUUAACCUUAGAGGGCACCGUCUUCUCCCUGGACCCGCUGGACAGCCGCUGCUGAUGCCAAGAAGAUGCUCCCCGUCACAUACUUUUAUCUCGUUUGUAUCAAGUGCCAAAAUCUGUCCCGCAAGCCCGAGUCGAGAUGUCACGGUUCUCAUCUUGAGGUUUAUAUGCAUUUGCAUUUAGAUUGUUUUUUUUUCGAUAUUUCAAGGCAAACUCAGAUCCAUUAUAGAAAAUAACUAUUUUUGUAAAAAAGUAAAUAAAUAAAUAAAAUGGAAGUAAGGAAGCGUUUUGCACAGGCAAUGUGAGAGCUGUAAAUAGUGGAGUAUGUGGAAUGGUACACGCCAUGGCAGAAUUUUCACAAGAAACCAUUUUGUGUGUGUGUGUGUGUGUGCACCAUUUGAAAUUCUGUGUUGUUAACACAUUCCUGUUUGUACGGCCAACAUUCUGGAAAGAGGAUUAAAUUGAACUUGUAUCUUUAACGCAAACGUUCAUCUCGUCCAUAUCGUCACAGCUUAGUUUUCACACUUUGUGUAGAUAAUUAAUCCACUAGGAUAUAUAUGUUGCUUACUGACAUUAUUUUUGACAUUGAGGUUUCUCUCUUUUUUUAUGUAUGAAUUGGCAUUUAAUUUUUUUCCUAUGGUGCAGACGUCGUCCAUACAUGCAGUACUAUCAGCAUUAUUUUUUAACUUUGUUGCAUUCUUUGCUGUUACACUUAUUAAAGAAAAUCUCACUACAAAAAUUAAA